CUUCUCAUCCGUCUCUUCCUUUCUCCCCAGAUGCCCAUCCUCAAGCAGUCUCCUGUCUCCCACUCCAAGAAGCGACCCCGUCUGGAUCGAGCCAUGAUCAGCGCUCCUUUGGGGGACUUCCGGCACACGAUGCACAUCGGUCGGGGUGGAGAUGCUUUUGGGGACACAUCUUUCCUCAGCAACCACGGGGGCCCCAAGGCCAACGGUCUGGCCUUGGACAUUUCUGGGUCUCCAGAGCGCCUCUCCAUUUCCGGAGCAGAUUCUGGCCCAUUUGAAUUGCUGUCUCCCCCGGGUAGGGGGAACGGAGUCAUCCAGAGCCCAGCGACCUCAACCCCUGAAGGAAGCUACGUGGUACUGCAGGGCCCAGAAAUGGCGGCGCAGCAGCCACAGGCGCCCGCUAAUGGAGCAGGCUGGGACCUGCACCAGAAGAUCUCCUUGGAGAGCUCCACGUUGGAGUACGGCGAGUCCCUUCUUUCCUUCCAGUUGGAUCUUGGGCCUUCUAUCUUGGAUGAGGUGCUGGGAGUGAUGGAUAGAGACUGGGACAGUAUCAAGGACCUGGACCAGGUGCCAGUGAGGAACGAAAGUGCGAGCCCAGUGGGACACCACCUCCACCAUGCUGUUGACGAUGAGGACGACGAUGAAGAUGAGGACGAGGACAUGGGGCAGGGAUACAGCUUUGAGGAUGAGCAGGAUGACGAGAUUGGGCUAUAGGAAGGGGGAGCGACACCAGUCUGUCUCUCCUUGGCUUUCCACCUCUCCUCCCUCUGAAACACUCCACUCUGCAGAGUUCCCCAGUAGUGGGCAGCUGGUCGCCCGUGAGCCAAGCCUGUCCUGCAGAUGACCGCUGGCUGGCCUGCCACUUCUCUUUGGCCUUCAAAGAAGCCUUCUUGCUUUACACCUCUCCUAGCUGACUUCAAGAGGAGGACGGACAGAGGCUG